AUGGCAGCGUCCCUGACUGCAGGAGCCGUAUUCGGCUCGGCCCUGACGGCCUCGGGCGUCUACUCACCCAGCAUCAUCAUCUCGCAGAUGCAUCUGUCAAAUUUCCACAUGCUUCAAGUCUUCCUCGCCGCAAGCGGGACCACCACAAUCGCCAUCUUCCUCGCCCGGAGAGUCAAUCUCGCUCUGAGUUUGCCUUGCCCGCCGUCGCCGCUUGGGCUCUUCCAGUAUGACGGGAACGUAAUCGGGGGCCUGGUGCUCGGCGCGGGCAUGACCCUCACAGGGGCGUGUCCCGGCACGGUCCUGGUGCAGGUUGCGACGGGACUACGGUCGGGAUAUUUUGCUCUGCUGGGAGGCCUCGUCGGUGGAACGCUAUACGCUUUUCUCGAGAGUAGCAUACGUCCCGCCCGUCUCGCGCCCAAAAGCAAAGAUGACGUUCCAACUCUGACGCUUUACGAGAAGCUGGGGGUAUCCGAAGGGAGUGUGUUUGUGGUGUAUGAAGCUAUGCUGCUAAUCGCCGUUGCGGUAGCGGGCAUGCUGAGUCCAAGGACGGACGGUGUGUUGUUGAAGCCCGUUAUGGGCGGCUUGGCGAUUGGAGGUGCCCAGGUUGUGUGUUGGGCGUUGACGCCAGACACGGUGGGUGUAUCGAGUGGGUAUGAGCAGAUUGGAUCCAUCGCGAGAUGGUUGGUAGGAGCCGGAGCAUUUCCGGCCACUGAAUCGAUUACCUUCGUAAUCGGUGUCUUUUCAGGGAGCUUUGUACUGAGUCGAUUGGUAGGAUUGGCAGAUAUUCCGGGAGGAGGUGCUUCUAUUAGGGACCUGACUGCCAUUACAGGCGGCGUAGCGAUGGUCUUGGGUGCGAGGAUUGCUAGGGGCUGUACUUCUGGACACGGGAUUAGUGGAAUGUCGACAUUUUCUCUAGCGAGCAUUGUCAGUGUGGCGUCGAUGUUUGCUGGUGGGAUAGCGCUGGCUUUGAUUCUGUAA